GUGGCCAGUGUUUGCUGGGCGAAACACACCCCACGGAGUACCCCGAUAUUGUUCAGGGGAAAUAAUGGCUGCUCAGGAACCUUCUCCACCAUCUUCACUGGAAGGCGUCAGACCGGGCUUCCCAAAGAAAAUCCUGGCCAACAGCCUCGAAAACAAGCAUCUGUGCAACUCGUGCCACAAGGUCCUGAGAAGACCCCUGCAAGCUCAGUGCGGCCAUCGCUUCUGCUCCUUCUGCUUCAACAAGAUAGUGAGUUCUGGACCACAGAAAUGCAGUGCUUGCAUCAAUGAAGAUUUAUUUGAAGAACCCACCUCUAUCCUCAAGCAAGGCGGUGCUUUCCCUGAUAAUGCAGCUCGGAGAGAAGUGGAGUCCCUGGCAGCUGUCUGUCCCAAUGAGGGAUGCACGUGGACAGGAACUAUCAAAGAAUUUGAGGCGAGUCAUGAGGGCAACUGUGACUUCAUGAUCAUCCUGUGUCCUUCCUGUAAAGAGCUGAUGAGAGCCAACGAACAGGAACGCCACAACGAGAGAGAAUGUCCAGAAAGGACACUCAACUGCAAAUACUGCAAAGAACCCUUCCUGUUGAAAAACAUCAAGGCUCAUGACGAAAUCUGUCCAAAGUACCCGAUGAUUUGUGAGGGUUGUGCAAAGAAAAAGAUCCCCAGAGAAAAGUAUGUGGACCAUAUUAAGUUCUGCAGUAAAUUUAAAGCUCCAUGCAGAUUUCAUGUUGUUGGCUGCGAUACGUCUGUGGAGAAAGAGAAGAUUCAUGACCAUGAACGGCAGUGUUCCUAUGAACACCUCAACCUGCUCCUGCAUUUCAUCAUGGGCAUCAAGGUGAGCCUUGAGAGCCUGCAGCCCCAGAGCCUUGAUGUGGCCAGCCACAAGCUGCAGGAACUCCACCAGUCCCUAAGGGACCUGGAGCAGAAGAUGAGCCAGCUGGGUGGUGGCGGUGGUGGUGCAGCUCCCGUGCUCGGUGCGUGCGCCCCGACUCUGACUACCUCCUUCACCCCACUGCCAAGCGCGGUGGGUGCCGCCCUGGAGCUACAGCUCCAAAGUGAAAAGACCAAGGUGGCGGAGCUGAGCCGGCGCUGCCAGGAACUGGAGCUCAAAGUUGGCACGUUUGAGAACAUUGUCUGCGUCCUCAACCGAGAGAUGGAGCGCUCCUGCACCACCAUGGAGGCCUACAAUCGUCAACACCGGCUGGACCAGGACAAGAUAGAGAUCCUCAACAACAAGGUUCGUCAGCUGGAGAGGACUGUGAGUCUUAGAGACCUAUCCAUCGUGGAGAUGGAGGGGAAAAUGAGAGAGAUGUCUGCUGCUACGUAUGAUGGCAUCUUUGUCUGGAAGAUCUCGGAUUUCACCAAGAAGAGGCAGGAUGCUGUGGCUGGCCGUGCCCCUGCCAUGUUCUCUCCUGCCUUUUAUACAAGUAAAUACGGCUACAAGAUGUGCUUGCGGAUAUACCUGAACGGUGAUGGGACAGGCCGAGGGACCCACUUGUCUCUGUUCUUUGUGGUGAUGAGAGGACACAGCGAUGCCCUCCUGAAGUGGCCUUUUAAUCAGAAGGUCUCCCUAAUGCUGCUUGACCAGAACAACAGAGAGCACAUAAUUGACGCCUUCCGGCCCGACAUCUCCUCCUCGUCCUUCCAGAGGCCCGUCAGUGAUAUGAACAUCGCCAGCGGCUGUCCACUCUUCUGUUCGCUCUCCAAACUGGACUCUAAAAACUCCUACAUACGCGAUGAAACCAUCUUCAUCAAGGCCAUCGUUGACCUCACAGGACUCUAGGCAAAAGAUAAUGGCAUAAAUCCAACCCUGCCUUUUGUUGAACUAGCUUUUGUAUCAUCAUUUACAGGCAUUUCUCUGUGAGGUUCUGUCGAGUUCUUUGUGGUUUUGUUAAGGAUUUUUGGCGGCACUAUGUGAAAACAGAUCAGCCAAAUCUGAGAGACAUACAUUCCUGUUAGGGUUUGUGGAAGGAGAUGGACCCAGGAUGCAGAGGUUGUAACAAAUAUUUAAUAUAAAAAGAGUCCUUAAACAAGACAAAAACAAAACAUUACAGGGUGACACUGGAGACAAGAAAUACUAGAGAGGAGCAGAAGCUGAACGGCAAGGCGCACAGGGAACACGGACAAGGAUGGGAAAGCUGGACGAGACAGCGAGACACGAAAAAACAAGUACAACAACGAGUACGAACCGACAAAGGGCAAAGGGGAACACAGAGGCUUAAAUAGAGACACAAGGAAGGCUGGGGUAACUAACCACAGGUGCAACACAUGAGGACUGGGAAAGACAAUCACCAAGACAGGAAGUGACACGCCCGAGAAGCUGGAACAACACACAAGGAAAGCGAGACUACAAAAUAUAACAGGAAACAGAAAACACAAAGAGACAGAAAUCCACAAACCAAAAUGACAGAACGUCAUACAUUCCAAGACCUAGGAAAAAUACUAUACUUGUGAAAUAAGUAGAAAACAUUGUUACAAUGGUUACAAACAUUGUCUGUAAUCUCUAUGGCUUUUUGUACCAUAGAUGAGGUUGUCCAUGUUCAGUUCCACUACAAAAUGACCUGAUUUUACCGAGAGGUUCAAAGUGAUUUAACAAGGAUUUUAUGUCCAUUCACCUUUUAUAUGUUGGCUUUUAAUUCAUAUAUUUUGCUGCUAGUGAAGGCUCAAAAUAACUAGGUCUACUAUAGCUAGCAUUGGUACCAACUCUUGAAACCCACAUAAUAUUAAUGUUAAAUUCUAAAGAUUGCACAUUUGAUAACUAUGGCCUUGAAAAGUUGAUAUGGUUAACUUGUUAGCAAAUUAUUUAUUAUGAACACAUCCAGCAGACACAGAGUAACAUCAGCAUUCAACAGGUGUUGCUACUCUGGCAACCAGAGAAAUUAAAUAUGAAUUAUCCUUUUAGCUCAGUUUUGGUCACAACUCCUUGCUCUUUUGCUUGCUUGCUACUACGUUCCCCAGCUAGCUGCUAGCGUUGUCUGCCAUUUAGUGCUGUACCGAUAGUGUACAAUGGGUGUAUCAAAGCUUUCAUUUUGAAUGAAAACAGAGGCCUGAUGCUGCUAGGUACCAGGUGGAUGAAAGUGGUGAGACAGGGGUUGUGUAAUCAAAACAGUUUAAAGAUGCUAUGAGGGACUGCUUUUGCAUUACCUAGGGCUGGAGUUCCUGCAGCAGAUGACCCAUUGUUAAUGUAAAAAUGUUUGUAGUGCAGCUAUAAAAAAAAAAUUAUCUGUCAAACUACUACUACUUGUAUAACUGUUUCCUGAUGUUCCCCUGGGGUUUUUGAAUUGUAUUUUUGUACUUUGAAAGUUUUAAAUUUCGAACACGAAUACAUUUCUUUUUAUUGUUUUUUAUUAUUAAAAACUGAAAACACUGAGCCAUGAAAGUACUGGCUUUGUAGAUAACAAGCACAGUGAUAGAUCAAGCUGGUCUUGAGCUUGUUCUAGCUACCAUGCAUACGUGUGUGUUCCAUUCAUUUGCUUUGAUUUGCAGUUCUAUUUUCACGUUGGAUUUGUUACUCAUUCUCGGUAAAUAACAACAGUUUAUGGUUUGUUCAUCUAAAAAUCUUAAACCGCAAAUGUGGUCAAGCGGAUUUGCCCAAAUAUUUUAUUAUGAAUAAAAUAUAUAAUUGCACACAAGCUCUAUUUGUAAAUUUUAUAACAUGCAUGUACAAAUAUAGAAAUGGCUAAAAUGGAAUAAUGGAUAUAAUCAUAUUUACCAACAUGUGAAGCAUAUCAAAAAUAUAUUCUCGUCAGUGUCCUCACAAAUUGUUAUAGAAGCUCAUCGAUAGCUCAGUUUCUUAUAAUAUUUGCACAUGUAUUUUAUAUUAAGUGUACAUAGAAAAAGUGGUGCUCUUUUUAUGUUUCUAGUUUGUAUCGAGACGUGAGUCGCUCCUAAGGGCACAUCCCACAUCCCAAUCUGUCCAUGGCUUAGAAAUAUUUGAACUUAUAAAUAUCACCUUUAAAGAACACAUUAAAUGUAUUUAACAUUAAUUUAUAAAUUGUUCUGCUAUGUGGAGAUUUCUGUGUCAGAUAAUGUGAGCAACAAUGGGUGAUGUGUUUUCCUUGAUAAUCAUGAUCAGCUCUAUAAAAUGUAUAAAUAUAAGCUCUGUUUCCAACUUGCUCAAAUUUACUUUAAUGCCUGUAAUAUUACUAAAUUCAGUGGGAGCACACUGAGUUAUAUUUCCAUAUGGGUGUAGCCUUUGUUGGUGCUUGGACACGUGUGGAGACUAGAGUUGAGAUGUGAAGGUCUUAAGAUGGAAGGAUAGCUGAGGUUUUAAAAGAGGAAACGGUUAAUUUUCUUCUUAUAUGUUCCUGUUCUGGGUUUUUCUUACAGCUUUUAACUGACAAACCUUUUACCAGAAAAGUGCCUGGCCGUUUUUGGCUCGACCGCAGCAGCAGGGCCAGCCUUAGAAAUGAUUACAUCAAGUGAUGACGGAUACAACAUUGGUUGACCAGUUACCCAAUGGGUUUAUUCACAUCUUUAUUAAAGGGCGUGGUCUUUCAGUUUGAGGUCAGGACUCAUUGAUUUUUCAGAUUUUGCAAUGGUCUCACUCAAAACCCUACACUUCCACUCAGAUAUACCCUGCUUGUGUCCCGGUGGGACAAUUUCACCAAUAUUCACCACUACACUUGGCAUCCUAUUGGUUGAGGAAUUUUCAAAGAUUGGUAAAAAAUAUAAAAUCCAAGAGCAGAGGAGAAACUCGAUAGCAGAUAUUUAACAAGUGCACAGAAGCAGCUUGAGCAUGAAGAGAAGUCCAUCUCUCAAACUGAAAUACCACACUGUUAAAUAGAGGAAAGAAAACCCAUAAGCCCCAACGUUGUCCGAUCCCUUUAGCGACUUUUUACACAAAAAUCAUCUAUUGACACAUAUCUAGCAACUGUUUAAACCCACUUUAGCUACUUUCCAUACAAGUGACACCAGUUUUGCCCAAUGAAUGAGAGGUCAGGCUUUCCCUCUGCAGACACACAGCUGACAGAUGUGGAUGAGUUUGUGCUUUUAAGUAUAUUUACAUUAAAAUAUCACUAAAGAAAUUGACAUUUUCUUUAUCUUAUGCAUCUCGUGAUUUUAUCAAAUGAUGUCAUGGUCUUAAAAUCUGAAUUUUUGCAGAGCAGUGACGAACAUGGUUAACAUGACGUCAUAAUGGAUUCAGUCCCUGUUUCGUACUUGUUCAAUCAUCAGACAACACAAAAGAGAAAAAUUAAUUGUCUGUAUUAAAGAUACUGUUUAUGUGACCACAGAGAAGAGGAGAGAAUGGCUCAGACCAGGCAGGAUGCUUAAAUGUCAGGAUGACGCCAUGCUUAUUAGUGUAUAAUAUCUUUAGCUUAAGCGACUUUCCGUUGAAAGUUGUUUCCAGCAGUUUGACAACAGUUUUAAAUAUAAAUUCUCAGUUUUGCACACUGAUCAUGAUCAAGCAAGCUUUGGCCUUUUGUGUGCUUCUUCAGCCCACUAAGUUGUUGAUGUGCAUUCCUGUGUGUUUAAACCUAAACCUUGAUUUCUCAAUAAACCUAAACCUUGAUUUCUCAAUUUGCUGCUUUGAGUGUAGAAGACGCAUUGAUGUUAUGAAAUCAAUGGACAAAAGGGACCAUUGCCAAAAGGGACCAUUGCCCCUUUAUAUACAUACAACUAGGGAAUAAUACAGCAUUAGGUUCAGGUCACACAAAUGCUAAUGUAAAGUGAAAUUCGCGGGUCAAAGUUCACCAAAGUUGGCCUCACCGAAGUGAAGGUUUUUUCGCCAUCUCAUUCACACAGGUUGGAAAUUAAAGGCAGGCGAAGGUUCUCCACUGCUACAUUGGCGUAUAUGUGACCGGGGCAUUCCUUUGUUAACCCUUACACCAAAUGAGUUCUGUAUCUUUAGCCAAACACAUGUUUUUUAUACUCAACAUAUACAGAAACCUCUCUGUGCAGGAGAUGUCUAAUAAGAUAAUCAGGCACUCUUUUCCAUCACAGACCACUUUUUCUUAUUUUUGUAUAUAAUUUCAUCAUCAAUUGAACAAAAUGUGAGCAAAUGUGUCUUUUUUCUUUCUACGGAAACAUAAAUAUACCCUUUUCCCCUUUAUAAUGUGUUGCUAUUGUUGCACAGUAAAUAGACUACAUUGACUUUGGCCAUAAAUAGAGCUGCUAAAAAAUUUGUUCGGCCCUAUGUGCAGAUUGGUUCUCACAGAUGCAGCCUAGCACCACUGAUAUUUAUCCAUGCUGUGUCUUGUGAAAUGUAAUGUGGGUUGGGAUUUCAGAUUUCUUCACAGCUGGCGGACAUGACAAAAGGGCUUCGCAGUUCAUCCACAUCUGCUUCAUGUAACAAACGCAUUUGUGUGUUUUACACCUCCUGUUGCUCAAACCUGGAAACGAAUUGAGCUAAUUAAUUGGUGUGUAUAUUGACUUGUAGGAAUGCCACACUGUGCCUCAUUAUUAUUCAAACAGAAUAAAGAAUAUGUCAGUGAUGUACAGUUGUAUGCAAUCAUUUGGCCACCCCUGGCCAAAUUCCAUGUUUUGUUUUAUUGA